AUGCCUCAAAAAGAAGUCUGUCCACGCGGCUACCAGCAGAUCGCCUCGGCCGUGCAGCAAGAUGCCUCCGUGCAUCUCUGCAGCAGCUCCAGCAGCAAGGAACUUUUCGAAUUUACCUUUGAGACUAUCCGCCAGAACCUCUUCCGAGUGACAUUUACCUCCCCGGAACAUCACAUCCCGCCUUUCCCCAGCGUCAAGAAGCCACAGACCAAUCUCCAAGGUCUGAAUGUAUUCUCCAAGGAUGGCGCUACAUCCAAGACAAUCGAUGUUGCCGGCGUCACCGCAAAGAUUGAGUGGGAGGGCACACCUGUCGUUUCUCUCUCGUGGACUGGUUCUGACAAGCCCCUCCACCGUGACCUGCCUAUGCGCUCCUAUGUCGCCGACGCAGGUGGCAUUGCGAAUUACUCAAUACACGAUCGAAAUGCCCUUCAUGUCGGUCUCGGCGAGAAGAGUGCACCCAUGGAUCUCAGCGGACGCCACUUCCAGCUCUCUGCUACUGAUUGCUUCGGUUACGAUGUCUACAACUCCGAUCCGCUCUACAAACACAUCCCGCUUCUGAUCAAGGCAACCCCAGAGGGCUGCGUGGCUCUCUUCUCAACAACACAUGGUCGUGGCACCUGGGCUAUUGGCUCAGAGAUUGAUGGUCUUUUUGGUCACUUCAAGGUGUACCGUCAGGACUACGGUGGCUUAGAGCAAUACAUGAUCGUGGGCAAGAACAUUCAAGAAGUGGUGCGGUCAUACGCCGAGCUAGUGGGAUUCCCUCUUCUAGUCCCUCGAUGGGCUUACGGAUAUAUCUCUGGUGGAUACAAGUACUCGAGCUUGGACUCUCCGCCUGCUCAUCAAGCUCUUGUCGAGUUUGUGGAAAAGCUGGAGGAGAAUGGGAUUCCUUGCUCCGGUCACCAGAUGAGCUCUGGAUACUCUAUCGCCGCAACGGAGCCCAAAGUCCGCAAUGUAUUCCACUGGAAUUACAGCCGCUUCCCUAAACCCGAAGAGUAUAUCUCCAAGAUGCACGCACACGGUAUUCGCUUGAUCACCAACAUCAAGCCCUUCCUCCUCGAGUCUCAUCCCGAAUUCAAACAGUUGAUUGAUGCUCAUGGCUUUUUCAAGGAUCCCGAGACUGGUGAGCCUGGAUACAUGCCCGUGUGGAGUGCAGGUGGGGGCACUGGUGGUAAUGGCUGCCAUAUCGACUUCACCUCUGAGGAUGCCUUCAAGUUCUGGUACAAGGGAGUACAGGGUUUGAAGAAGAUCGGCGUUGAUGGUAUGUGGAACGACAACAAUGAAUAUACACUACCGAACGAUGACUGGCAAAUGGCACUCGACGACGCAAUGGUUGAUUCCGCAGCGAAGAAAGCCGUCACAAACGACGUCGGACAGUGGGGCCGCGCUCUGCAGACCGAGCUGAUGGGCAAGGCAUCUCACGAUGCUCUCCGCGACAUGGAGCCCAAGUACCGGCCCUUUAUACUUACCCGCAGUGCCACUGCCGGUACUAUGAGGUAUGCCGCCAGCACCUGGAGUGGCGACAAUGUCACCAGCUGGGAGAACAUGAAGGGUUCAAACGCGUUGUCUCUCAACGCGGGAAUGUCCCUUCUACAAUGCGAAGGCCACGACAUCGGUGGCUUCGAAGGUCCUCAACCCUCGCCCGAGCUUCUUCUCCGCUGGAUCCAGCUGGGUUGUCAUACCCCUCGCUUCGCAAUCAACUGCUUCAAGACAUCGCCCGAUAACAAUGAAGUCGGCGAAGUCAUUGAGCCCUUUAUGUACCCAGAUAUCACCCCGCUUGUCCGCGACACAAUCAAGCGCCGCUACGAGAUGCUCCCAUACAUCUACUCACUGGGUCUCGAGAGCCAUAUGACGGCUUCUCCGCCCCAACGCUGGGUUGGAUGGGGCUACGAGUCUGAUCCAGAAGUGUGGUCUAAGAGAUUGAAGGCCGGCGAAGAGCAGUUUUGGCUCGGGGACACCCUUCUCGUUGGAGGCGUCUACAAGGCCGGCGUCAACAUAGCCGACAUCUACCUCCCCCGAAAAUCCGGCGACUCCUUCGAUUACGGCUACGUGAACGUCAAUGCUCCUUACAACUACCUCGCCUCCGGUCAAUGGGCCUCCAUCCCAUCCGAGUGGAAGACGAGUAUCCCCCUGAUUGCCCGAAUCGGCGGUGCCAUUCCGGUCGGUAAGAGCGUGCACACCCGCGUCCCUGGUGACGACACCGCCGCAUCGCAGGGCGUCAAGGAGCUGGACGAUUACCGUGGUGUAGAGAUCUUCCCGCCCAAGGGAACUUCGCACGACCGCGUCUUCGAGAAUGUCUGGCAUGAGGAUGAUGGUAUUUCGCAGCAGCCAAAGACUUCGACAUAUAAGUUUCGGUAUAGCUCGACUGAGGAGAAGGUUUUGGUUGAUUUUGUUCGUGAUGAGAAGAGCGGCUUUGUCCCGGCUUGGAAGGAGCUAGAUGUUAUUUUGCAUUAUGGUGAUUCUCGUCGGGUGGUUUCUAGCUCUGGGCAGGAGAUUUCGCUCAAGGGAACUGUCUCGCGUGGAAGGGUGGUUUAUACCAUCAAGGCUUGA